GGAGCAUCAGAGUGGUGGUCCCAGUCGCUGUCCAACUGCUGUGGAGCCUGACCAUCUCCUGAGUCCUCACUAACCACAACACAAGUUCAUCAAACAAGGAAACGGCCAAGACAGCUCAAGACCGAGGAAGACUUCAGCAGGAAUUUCUAGGAUAUUGCAGCGUUUCAGGACCAUUCCGAUGCAUUCUUCGCUUUUCUCUUCCGAAAGAACCAUCAGACCCAGUAGUGGUGGUCGAUCGAGAGAUGCGAGCCCGGCCCCCUCAAGCUUCCACGCAGACUUACGCCAGUUCUCCUAUGUUUCUUUCCCUGAGACCACUGGAUUCCUACCCUCUCGGUCUCAGAAAGCUCAACCGACACUAGGAACCGAUCAUAGUCUUGGGUUUCUUCCUGACCCUCAGCCGGGAAAGUCGCUUUUGGGUAGGUUCAAGUCAGCCAUCGGCGCCAGCGCUUGGAUUUCACCAGCAACGACCAGCGAACACAAAACAUCCACUAUCGCUUUGCCUACUCACCCAUCUUUACCACCCAUGACGAUGAGCUACUCCCAAGCAGACUUGGACUCAAGCAAUUCAUUCGAUUCGCGAAAGUCACGCGCCAAAAAAAUCAGUCUCAAUCAAAGUAGCAGUAGAUCCUUUGGAGGCAGUCUAUUCGAGCCAUCAGAUUCAUCCCGCGCUCAGAAUAUGGAAAGUUAUCAGUACUCACACCCGCAGGGAUUAGUUGGGAGCCAGCAUCGCUCAAGUUUCGGCCACUCCGAAUCGCCACCUAGACCCGGAAGCUCCAUGUCCUUCAGAGCUCUCAAUCGAUCUGUGGACGGUCUUUUGGAAGCUCAACGUCCAGCCUCAACUGCUUUAGAUUCAUCAAGAGCACCUUUCCACUUCAACUCCCUUCCAGAACCGGAAAACGCUUUCCCCUUGGUCAGCUCGGAUACCCUCUUACGCUCACUGGUGCUAGAUAAUUCAGGUGGCAACCAUUCAGCGGAUUUCUCAGCUGUGCCGCCAUUUUCUCACAUUCCCGGUUUCCCCUUAGCGAGAGAGACAGUCGGAGACGACAGUGCUAGUGUCUUCAGCUCCUCCGGUGGCCCCUCAUCUACGCCAAAAAAAAUUAGACCAAACAAUCAAGAUCCCUCUCACAAUUUGUCAAGGGAAACGUCCAGUCGGCUUCACGCCAUCGGAAACCCGCAGGGCAAGGGUCUGAGUAAGGAAUACUGGCUGCCUGAUAAGGAUGUAAGGGAGUGUUACGACUGUGCUGUAGCAUUUACUUCUUGGCGUCGAAAACAUCAUUGCCGAAUCUGUGGAGCAAUAUUUUGUUCACAAUGCGCAUCCAACUUGGUUCCUGGAAAUCGCUUUGCAUCAUCCGGUUACAUCAGAGUAUGUAAUAUUUGUUUGGCCAAGCUCGAACCUCAAUCACAAGAACAAACCAAUUUUGCUAUUCGGGAGGAUACGGAUGAUGAGACGCAAUCAUUCUCGGAAGCAGCCUCAGGCUUCAACCUCCUUGCUUCCCGCUCACAAGGGAACCGUGCUCAUACCAGCACUCCCGGCAAAAUGCGCGAGGCAGCCAGGCAAGUUGGGGAUCAACUCGCUUCAUCCGUCACACAUCGUACUGGACGAUCACUCUAUCGAAAUCCUCCGGAUCAUCAUUCUGCUCGUCGCAAAAGCCUCCUACGACAGCUGGCGCCCCCUGAUAAAACUAGGUCAAAGUUCCACUCUCGAUCCGAUUCUCCUCCUGUCUCACGUUCGUCUCCGAUCACCGCCAAUCUUUUCAGUCCGUUGACGAUCAAGAGGUCGUCAUUACAGAAGCCUGAAGCUGUAUCGAGCGCUCCUUUUCGUAAAGGACUCACAGAUGAGGAACAAGCUGGGCUACCUGGCAUCAGUACAGCCAACCACACUCAAUCCGUCUAUGUUUCUUCUCCAAACACCUCGAAGUUGUCGGCGGAAAUUAAGGAAGCUCCACUGGAUAGACAUUUUAGUUCAAGUUCACACGAAACAAAUCAUGAUUCAAGCCAAAAUGGCGAACGGCACGAACAACGACUCCCCUCAACUUCUAGAAACGCAUCGGGUUCUUAUGUUGAAGGUCAACCCAAACCUUGUCUCGCGUCCGAGCUUCCAUUUUCUAAGGCCGCUUCGGCAAGCUUUGUGUCUGAAACCGAGCAAAGUCUUAGGUUGGAGGAGUCUUUCUCGUAUUUUCCAGCUUUUUCAUGUGAACACGUUCGAUUUAUGAUUCAUCAGUUCCUCACCCGAGAGAAUAUUCCCAAAACGCCUGUCUGGGAAACGGAGCUCACAAAUUUGUUGCUUCAGUUAGUCUCUGAACCUCCCAGGCCCAAAUAUGACGCCGAAGAUGCUGGGGAUAUCAGAAGACUGGUUAAGAUCAAAAGAAUUCCCGGAGGCCAGGUAGCUGAUUGCGAGUACAUCCACGGCGUCGUAUUCACGAAGAAUAUUGCGCACCGAAAAAUGAAGUCAGAGUGUUCUGUUCCCAAAGUCUUAACGAUCGGCAUGCCUAUAGAGUUUCAAAGGGUUGAUGGCUACUGCAAGUUGGAUGUAUUGGUUUCUCAAGAGCGACAAUAUCUUAAAGGACUUGUUCAUCGACUCAUAUCGCUGGAACCAGACUUAGUACUAGUGGAUGGUAACGUCUCGGGAGUAGCGAUCGAUUAUUUCGUUGAAGCAGGGGUGACUGUCCUCAGGCACGUCAAAUCAACGGUCUUACAGGCAGUCGCUCGUUCAACCAAGACUCCAUUGAUAUCAUCUCUCGACAAACUCUUAAAUUUGCAAGUUGGUCAAUGCGAUCUGUUUCGCGUUCAAACUGUCCAUCACCGCAUGAUACCCAAUCAUCACAAGAAGACUUUUAUACGCUUGGAGGGUUGUGAACCCUCUCUUGGGGGAACUCUGAUUCUGAGAGGAGGUGAUUUGGCGCUGCUUACGAAGGUGAAAUCUCUGAUGUGCUCCAUGGUGGGAAUCAUCUACUCACUGCGAUUAGAAGACUCAUUUUUAAAUGACGAGGGCGCGAUCUAUUCAAAUGAUUCCACUCACGAGACAUUACUACAUCAAAUCAGAGCUAUUGAUCUCCGAACCGUCCUUUCCCGCUUUCGCCAUGCAAAGAAGCACAUUUGUAACUUCGAGCCUUUGAAGCUGCCUGGAAAACCUGGCGGAGCCAUCCCGCAUUCCGAUUUGAUCACGUUGUCUGAUCAAGUCGACGAUCUAAUCAAGCCAUAUGAAUGUCUGUUACCUUCGGGUAGCCCACGAGUUAACCUUACACCGCCCUUUGCCUUGCUGAAAUUGCGUCAAUUGAUUCAGCAACUGAUUGACUUAAUAGAACUCGACACGCAAUCGAUUCAACCUUUGUCGGCAAAAUCUUGUCUCCACGACGAGAAAUUUGAUGAAAAAUUGCACCCUGAACGUAGUCCCUCGAUGUCUCUUACCUCCUCACAUACAAAAUCCAAUGACAGCAACUCGAUUCUGUCGGAUGAAGCUACCACCCGAGUAAGGCAGCCUACGAUAACUCCCGAUGCGCGUGAUGAAUAUAUCUCCCAUCUCAAUCGACAGAUCGAGGAAGAGCGCAUGGCUGUCCACUUUUACCUAUCAAAUCACUCCUCAGAGACUUUCAAAGCCGCUGAUCAUCAACAACUAAUUGUACAAGAAAGUGUCACGUGUUCCUCGUUGGGCGGAUACACUUGUCAAGGGCCUCAUCUGCGCGCCUUCGCUUUUUAUUCAGCCGGUGAUCAAUCCGUUGGACAAAUUAUACAGAUGUUGAUUAAUUGCCGGUCCGAAAUUUGUCAUGCCAAAGGUUGUAAUCAACCUAAAAGUAUCCAUCAAACGAAUUGGAUUCAUGGACACUACAAAGCCACAAUCCAGAUGCACCUCGGUCAUUCCAAUCGUCAAAGUGCUUCGAGUGACUCUGAACCAAGCGACCCCUCCAAUUUCCCUGAAGAGCCUUUAGAUCCCGAUCUCAUAAUGAUGCAGGGCUAUUGCCCCAAGUGCGAAGGCUAUACGCGGAGGACUCCCAUGUCUGACGACGCAUGGAGGCUAAGUCUCGGAAAGUAUCUUCAGUUGUGUCUUUACAGCCCCGGGUUGGUAUCAAAUCUUAUGCCUGGGACGCCCCGCCGUGGUCGGCUAUCCUGCAGUCAUGACGCGCAUCUUGAACACCUUCGAAUGUUUUUUUAUCAAGGAUUCCGGGUCGAUUUCCGAUUGCAGAAAAUCAACGUUUACGAAGCAAUCCCACCUUCCUUAGUACUCUUUACUCCUUCUCAAGCGCUGAUCAAGGUUCGAGAAGAGGAAUACGAAAUCAUUUUGAGGAGAUCGGAAGCUUUUUUUAACUCUGUCCGCAGCAGAAUUGUUGGCUUUAAUUACAAGGUAGUAUCCCUCGCAAAUCAAGACGCCUCUGAGGAAGCUAUGCGAGACCUUUUAAAGAAAGUAGACGUCGACUCUAACGCCGUCAAAGCACAGUUGAAUGAGGUGUAUGAAGAGUGCGUCGGUACCAACGGAGUGAAAAUGAAUAUCGUUAGGAAGACACUGAUCGACAAGGCGGUUGAGUGGGAUGGGCUCUUUGCCACAUUCGAAUCGCGUUUUGUUGCCACUGAUGGCAAAGACGCUCGUCGACUGGCUAGCGUACCUCUCAAAAAAAUCUUCCUGGAUCAAAGCAUGCCAGGCUCGCCCGAAAGAUUAUUUCCAAGAAUCAGUCAAGCUCCAUCACUAAAUUCACAAAAGUACAACUACAAUUCACAAUCCGAAGUUGAGUCCGACCAUGCUCCCAAAGGACAGUCUUUCGGGACUUUUAAAAAAACAUUCCCUUCACCAACCCUCAAAAGCAUGGCCAGUGCGCUGGCCUUCGCGCUACCCUCAUCGAUGCCCGGCAUCGGAAUUCCUGAAAUUCGUUCGGACGGCGAGAAACUCAAGAACCAUGUACCCCAUCCGCUAGGGCCCCCUCUUUGUGUCUUACAACCAUCGCAAGAAGUAGCCCCGAAGGAUGGACUGAUGUUGGAUUCUAAUCCGGGCGUCGAUGCCUCCAAUGACGAACCGCACUCCAGUGGUGAGCUGUCCAUCCCCCAGAAAUCACUAGUUGAACUCUCUAUUCCUUCCGUGGUCAUCGAACCUGCCUCCACGCCUACAUCUACUGCAAGUAAUACCCAAAAAGCGGGUACCAAUUCGAAUGUCGAAUCUCAUGACCCCAAAGGAAAGCUUAAAGAUGCCACCGAAAUCUCUGCGGAAAUACAACAGUCGCCUGCCUCGACGAGCAACACACAGGCAGGGCACGCUAGCAAUCAUCGAAUCUCGCUGUUAACUGCUUCUCGCCAUGAUAGUUAUGAUCUGGAACCUCAACCCAAUGAAGGAACUCACCCUGAUUUAGUGUCAGACAAAGAAGAGGAUUCGAAAAGCGACUCAACAGUUGUGAAUGUUCGCAGCGGCGUCGCGCUUUCAAGUCAUAGUAAAGGAUCUGACAGCCAACGGAAGAAAUGUGCAGCAUCUGACACUGAUACGACUACCAGUGAGCUUGAUUUGCCAAAUGAUUCCCGGCGGAUGACUUUACGCAGCCGCCGACCCAAGGAUCUAGUGCUGAAUUCUCGCGGAGGUGUAGCCAACCUCGUUCAGAAAUUUGAAAGCCCCAAGCCCAGCCCCCGCAAAGCCACUCGAUCUAAUUCACCGGUUAUCGACGAGAGUGUCACCAAGUCUAGCAAUGCUGAGGAAGGCUCGGCUAAGAAAAAACCUCUCAAGACAAAUGCCUUGCCUAUCAGACCUUCUUUUAGAAGAGGAAAAAGUGAAAUUGUUCGUUCAACGAUGAACGUCCUGCGAGGUAAAAAGCCAUCAGCUGGACUUGACAAAGCAGGCAGCCACAUCGACUGCAAUCAGAGUUUCGACUCUUCAACGCCCCGGCUAUCUGGUAAACAGUCGGUCCAAGAACACAUUGUCAGAGUACCCUCGCGGACUCAGCGACCCAGCUCUCGCAUCACAUCGCCUAGAACACCAUCUUCGCACGUGCAUUCACAUCGCUCUCCUAUGCAGCGAUCCGGGACCAACGAUGGUGCUUCAUCCGCGGAAAAGCCUCGGGUUCCUAGUUCCCCUCGAGGCCUUGGUCUCAAGAAAGAGUUUGCUGUUCCACGUCGUGCCCGGCAUGAGUCUGGGUUGCCCGUUUCAAACUUCUAUCUGCAUCGUCGGAUGAACAUGAAUACGAAGGUCACAACAAUUGCCCGUCACUUUGAUCGAAUGAGCCGUGACGCUGAACGAGAGCGUAUCAAGCAAGCCAACGAGCAUCGGAGUCGACCGCGGCCGAUUGCCCAUGCCAAGUCCUCAGUCCAGGCUUUUAGCAGCUUAACGGCAGCAGUGAAUGAGGAUUCUGAUUCUGAUAUUGACGAAUGUGAAGGUCAUCCGGCUGGACACGAUGCUGAUGAUGAGGGAGAUGUCAUUCCUGAAGCUUACGGACCCGAUAAUCUCGCACAAGGAGGUUUCAAAGCUGAGCCUGGCCUAUCUACUGAUCUUCCUCUUGUACCGGAAGUCACCCCCGCUGGUCCUCACCCAUCACCGGACUUGGACCAUAUAGACCAAAGCUACCUCGAUGAGGCUUCGACAUCUAAUCGACCACUGUCACCGAGUCGGGUUACUUCGUGUUCUCCGCCCUUUUUGACGGACACUUCUCGGCUUCCACCCCUGGCAGUCGCCCAUUUUUCUGAUAAUGAGAUGAGCUCAAGUGAUACCGGCCGGCACUCAAUUAUCAAAACUCUCUCCAGCCUGUGGAACUAUCAAGGAGCCGAAUUCCUACCCCUCGAAUAUCCCCAGCUACCAACCGAGCAUCAGUCGGCGGAGAACCCAGUGAUUAUACGUGAGGAUGAACCCAGCUCUAUCAUAGCCUAUACAUUAGCUUCUAAAUUAUACCAAGCGACACUGAAAGAGACGGAGCCAAGAGUGGUAGAGCGUUCGGAGAUAUUCAUGCCUGAAGAAUUCAAGCCUCGCUCUAACGAUAUCGACUCGACUUGGGGAAUGAUAGAUUUUAUGUCUGACGACUUAGAUGUGGAUGAUGUCCUCAAAAUUCCCAUGAAUAGGGCUAAGCCCAUGCAAUUUCGCUUUGAUGUUACUCCGUGCACCAUUACGUGCAAGGUGUUCUUUAUGCAUCAAUUCGAAGCGUUGAGAAAGACACUCAUAUGUAAGGAUAUUGUCGAGUCCCUUGCCCGCUGUCACAAAUGGGAUGCGUCGGGCGGCAAGUCAGGUCAAAAGUUUCUUAAGACUAAAGACGAACGCUAUUUGAUCAAAGGCAUAUCCAAAGCUGAGCUAGAGGCGUUGACGAAAUUUGCCCCCGCCUAUUUCGAGUAUCUGUCAUCAGCCAUUAAAGAGAAGCGACCGAUUACUCUUGCCAAAAUGUUCGGGAUUUUCCAAGUUUCCUUCGUGAACAAAAUUACCAAUCGCAAAGGGCGCUUACAGGUUCAAGUUAUUGAAAACCUUUGGGUGACCAAGCCUCACCUACAAAUUUAUGAUUUGAAAGGUUUAACCCGUAACCGGACAGUCAAUGUUACCGGAAAGCCUCAUGAAGUCUUACUAGAUGGUAACUUCUGUGAAAUGGUCAGAACCACCCCGAUACUUGUUCGCGAGAAUUCUUUACUGAGAUUACAGGCCAGCUUGCACAACGAUACACUCUUCUUGGCCAAUCAUAACGUCAUGGAUUAUUCUCUUGCGGUCGGCUUUGAUGAAGAGAAGCAAGAAAUGUAUAUUGGGAUUAUAGACUACCUCCAAACUUACUCUUGGGAUAAAAGGCUCGAGACAUUGGUAAAAGAAUUAGGAGGUACUAGCAAGGAAGCUCCCACGGUGAUAACACCAUCCUUAUACAAGGCGCGAUUCAGGCGUGCCAUGGGAAAAUAUUUCUCGGUAGCGCCGGACCCAUGGAUGCACAAGUGGAAGCCGUAUCUCUCGCCUUCAGAAGAGGAUUCCAUUGGAGCCAGUGUCGAUAAGGAAGGCUCCAGAUUGGCCGAAACGGGCGCCAAGGCCGAGGAUUCUUAUGUGCACCUGUCCGGGAACGAGUAGCUGAUAUGCACCCUUUUCUGAUUCUCCACCUGUUUCAUUUUUAUCACAUCAUUGUAUCAUAUGUUCAUACCUGUAAUGUGUUAUCUGCAAUGUACUAUCGUGUCUGGUUAUUAUCAUAUAGCUUGUGUCUUUCAUUAGCAGCCGAUUGGAAAACAUCUUGCCUGUGGUA